AGGGUGCAGCUCAGUGUCUUAGUAGCCUCGUCAGUGAGAGGCUUGAGAGCUUUUGGAAAAAAGCACUGCCUGGCUAGUUCUUCUCUAUUAGAUCAGUCACUGUGUUGCUGCAGGAUCCCAGGAGCAGACUCUGGUAAAGAAUGCUAUCAGAAGGAUAUCUCAGUGGACUUACCUACUGGAAGGACAUUCACUGGAAUUGUGCAUCUUAUAAUGAGCCAGUGGCUGGGAACCAGGGUGAAGAGACAAGUUCUGUUGCUGCUCUUUCAUAUUCCUCUGUGGAUGAAACACAAGUUCAAAGUCUUUAUGUGAGCUGUAAAUCUUCUGGGAAGUUUAUUUCAUCAGUGCAUGCAAGAGGGAGUCAGCACAGCAGAAGCCAGAGCAGAACAGUGCUACAGGCCAACACCAACCCUGUAUUUGAAAGUCCAGCCUUAGCUGCAGUUGGCAUAUGCAGAGAUGUGAUCAGGGAGACCUACUUGGUUCCACCUUCUUGUAAAAGUAUUUGCAAAAAUUACAAUGACUUACAUAUUGCAGGGGGACAGGUGAUGGCCAUUAACUCAGUAAUGGCAAAUUUUCCUUCCGAGAGCAGCUUUGAAGAUGGUCCUUUGCUAAAGUCAUCUGAGAUUUCUUUGUCCAUGGAGGAUUCCAUUUCUACUCAGCUCACUGAACUUCCCCUCAAACCUAUCCAGAGGUACUCAUCCUACUGGAGGAUAACCAGCAUCAAAGAGAAAAGCAGCUUGCAAAUGCAGAAGCCUAUGUCAAAUGCAGUGCUCAAUGAGUACCUGGAGCAGAAGGUGGUGGAGUUAUAUAAGCAAUACAUUAUGGACACUGUGUUUCAUGACAGUUCUCCUACCCAGAUUCUGGCAUCAGAAUUCAUCAUGACAAAUGUAGAUCAACUUAGUCUUCAAGUGUCUAAAGAGAAGAACCUGGACACUUCGAAAGUCAAGGACAUAGUUAUUAGCCACCUAUUGCAGUUGGUAUCAUCUGAGAUCAGCACCCCUAGUCUUCAUAUUUCUCAGUAUAGCAAUAUAACUCCAUAGAGAAGACUCCUGUCAAUUCCACUCAUUCCUAUCAAUCCCAAGGAAAUAUUAUAUUCAUUUGAUCAGAGGAUGUGAUGGAGGGAAUUAUGGAAGGAAUUAGUGACUAGUAAAGGAGAGUUUGAGAAAUCAUAUACUGAAGGGAUACAGGAAGAGGAACCACAAGAAUGGUUUUAAGGGCAAGUUUAUACAGAAUCAGAGCAUAAAUAAAAAUGAUCACAGAGAGAGGAAGGUAUUAUGAUUUAAUUUUAGGAGUAGUGAAAUUGGAAGAUAAGCCAAAUCAAGAACAAAAGGAAACACUAUGGCAAUCUAGAAAGUCGACAGAUUUGAGAAUUGGGAAUUAAACACCUGUUUCCUAUUUAUAUACAUUUGUCUAGGUUAUUUCUUCUGAAAAGAGAUGAACUACAAGAAGGUUGUUGAAUUCUGGUGGACUGACAUUUUUCCAAGUAUAAGCUUGUAUCUUCUUUUCUUCUUUUAUGCUGUAUCAGUAAGUCAUUUAGGUAUACUCUUUGUAAAUAUUAAAUGAAUAACAAACAAAUCUCAA